UUAACUGUAAUAGGCGUACCUCUUAAAAGGUUUUUGAAGAUGGCCUUCGCUCUAUUUAUAUAAUGUUGCAUAACUUUUCUUCACAUAUAGAAACAUGGGGUCUAGUUUUGUCUGUUAUCUCACAUAAUCAUAUACCAUUAAAGCACAUUCUCUUUAGAUUCUCUCUUUCAUUGAAUAAAUCAUUCAUGUUUUUUGGUCGAGAGACAUUUUUGUUUUAUAUGCUUGGACAUAGAAAAUGCCUUUUGAAGUUAAAGGGGCUCCUAAAGCUAAAUGGAAAUGAUUAGGAAUCCGUAUUUUUACAUUAUUUCAAACAGGAAGAUAGAAGUUUGAUGAGAUGUUGAUCUUUAGAUUCUCAAAUUCUACUUCAAAACAAGUGCCAUCACUUUGAAACGUUUUUACUGUUUGUUUGUUUGUUUCAGACUAAACAUUCCAAAUGCAUUAAAAUGUGUAACCCCGCUAUGAUGAGACAGCGAUGAUUUCAGAAGUUGUUCUCAAGCCACCCAUGACCCGCAGAAGAGAUCAAGCCCCAGCUUGUGACUGUAAAGCACGGCGAGGCGCUCCGGCGGGCAAAUGAACUGAGAAACUGAGGAGGAAGAACUCAAGAGCCGCGGGAGAAGGAGAAGAAGGAGGAGACGCACACAUCCACUGGUCGCGUCGAGUCUCAUUGCCACGACACGAGCAGCACCACAGACUUCUCAAAUGAAGGAGCCCGACGCCAUCAAGCUCUUCAUCGGGCAGAUACCCCGAAACCUGGAGGAGAAGGACUUGAAGCCCAUUUUUGAGCAGUUUGGGAAAAUCUACGAGCUGACGGUGAUCAAGGACAAAUACACGGGGAUGCACAAAGGAUGUGCCUUCCUCACAUACUGCGCACGUGAGUCCGCCCUCAAGGCCCAGAAUGCACUGCAUGAGCAGAAGACCCUACCGGGGAUGAAUCGACCAAUCCAAGUGAAGCCUGCGGACAGCGAGAGCAGAGGAGAAGACAGGAAGCUGUUUGUGGGCAUGCUGGGAAAACAACAGACGGAUGCAGAUGUGAGGAAAAUGUUUGAGCCGUUUGGCAGCAUAGAGGAGUGCACGGUGCUGCGAGGGCCCGACGGGACCAGCAAAGGUUGUGCGUUUGUGAAAUUCCAGAGCAACGCGGAGGCCCAGGCCGCCAUCAACGCUCUGCACGGGAGUCGCACCCUACCUGGCGCCUCCUCCAGCCUGGUGGUGAAGUUUGCAGAUUCAGAGAAGGAGCGGGGGCUCAGGCGGAUGCAGCAGGUGGCAUCUCAGCUGGGAGUCAUCAGUCCCAUGACCCUCCACCUCGGGGCCUACAACGCCUACACACAGGCGCUGAUGCAGCAGCAGGCCUUGGUCGCCCAGUCAGCUUACCUCUCUCCUGUUGCCACGGUGGCAGCGGUUCAGAUGCAACAGCUCGCUGCGCUCAACCCCAACAGCAUCAUUGCCACGCCGAUAGCAUCCAUCACCCCUUCCUCAGGUAACGGCGCCUGUGGAUGUCUGGCUCCGGCACAGCUUCCAUUCGAUUUCUGCCUGAAAUAUGAGGACAGGUUGAGACGAUUCCAAGAGGUCGACAUUUCAAACGGUACCAGCACUCCUCCCUCCAUCGCAGCCACACCCGUUCCUGCUCUGCCCCCACCCAUUGCAGUGAACAGCUACCCCUCCGUGCCAGCUCCACCCAGUGGCCAAUCGGCUACAGAAGCCCUCUACACUAAUGGAGUUCAUGCCUAUCAAGCCCAGAGUCCUGUCCUGGACCCCCUACAGCAGGCUUAUACCGGCAUGCAGCACUACACAGCCACCUACCCAGCAGCCUACAGCCUGGUGGGACAGCCGUUCCCGCACCAGCCCACUCUGGUGGCGCAGCAGCCACAGCAGCUCCAGCAAAGGGAAGGUCCUGAGGGCUGUAACAUCUUCAUCUAUCACCUGCCGCAGGAGUUUACUGACUCAGAGAUUCUGCAGAUGUUCCUGCCUUUUGGAAACGUCAUCUCUGCAAAAGUCUUCGUGGACCGGGCCACAAACCAAAGCAAGUGCUUCGGUUUUGUCAGCUUUGAUAACCCAUCCAGCGCCCAGACAGCCAUCCAGGCCAUGAAUGGCUUCCAGAUAGGCAUGAAGAGGCUGAAGGUGCAGCUGAAAAGGCCCAAGGAUGCUAACAGACCUUACUGAAACAGUGAAAGGAAAACCUAAGAGUUCAAUCAAGGAAACCACUUGGGAUGUCCCAGCCUUUGUUUUUGGUUGUGUGACCAACCGUAUAGCACAGGAGCAACACUUCACCAAAAGCAGUAUCCUAUGUGCGAGCUUACAAAAUCCGCAAUGCCAGCAAAAAAAUCCCGACCAUCUCCAGAGUCAGCAUCCGCAGUAUCAGAAGUUCUCCAGAGUUUGUAUCAUUCCACAGCUGGAUUCAUUUCUACUAUGUACAUAAUCUAUUGUUGGCAACAAAAUAUACAUGUUAAGGAAAAAGCACAUCACUGAUGUUAUUCUGCUGAACAGGGUUCUACUGUAUAGUGUGAUUUGUGGUCUAUGGCGUCAAGAGAAGGCCAGUCUACACAGUGGAAGGCAAAAGAAAAUACUAUUCUGUAUGAUUACCAUGGGUAAUAUUGUUAUGUAGAGUUAGUUUUAUUAUUUAUACGUAAAAUUAAAAACAUGGAAUGAUUAAAAUAGAAGUGAAAUGGAUUUGCUCUCACUGUAUAUACCUUGGUUGUCAAAAUGGAGGACGUUAAAAAAAAACCUACAUUCUUUGCUGCGACAUUUAAAAAUCAACAGGGUGGAAGGAAGGGCUGGGAAUUUUUCUAUCUUGAUUUUUUACGUUUAAUUUAUUAGUAAUUAAUCUGGAGGCUGGGAAAGAGGACAAUUUCUUUUUUAAUUUUGAAAGAAAAAAAAACAGUCAGGAGGUCCUCAUGACAAUGAACACAUAUUAUAAAGUUUUUAAGUGCAUAAAUGUACCUAUGGAAGUUAAAAAUUAAAACAAAAACAAUGUUUCUUUA